AGCGCUCCUUUGUCCGGAUGUUCCGUAUCAGUCGUCCUCCUCAGAGUUUCAGUUUUUAGACAUGACGUCGCGUUGAACUUUGAGACCCGCUCGAUAACAGACGCAUUUCAGGCAGCGCUGUGUGAGCGGGACACUCCUUCACCUUCCGUCGGCGGCGGAGGCGGCUCUGGCUUCUAACAUGCGCGUGUCAUAGUGGUCGUGCGAACAUUUCUACGUGGACGCCUCUUCUCUUCUUGCAGCACGUGUUCUGCGACGAUGCGGCCGCCGGUGGAGGUGUCCGUGUUCCUCCUCUCCCUGUCGGUUCCCGGGGUUCUGUACACCGUGAACAACGUCCCUGCGCUACAGGAGCCUCUACCAAUCCUGGGGAUGGCGAUGGUGGUUGUGGGAUCCAUCCUUCUCCUCCUCCACCUGAAUUUGCCUCACAAACUGAAAGUGGACCCCUUGUUCUACGUGUUCGCAGUCUUUUCCCUCGCCUGCAUGCUGAGCCUGACGAAUGCGUUGGAGCAGAGCGGUCUGAUCUCCGGCUUCGUGAGCUUCUAUGUGAAGACGGGCGAGCCUCAUCUGUCCACCGCCUACGCCGUGAUGACGUCCUACUGGGACGGCGGCGUUCACCUCGUGGCCCUCCUCGAAAUGAUACGCCGCAUGUUCAGGGGGAAGUCCUACCGCCGCCUGGGCCUGCUGUGGGUGGGCUCCUUCAUCGCCCACCACAUCGUACUCAUCCCAGGAGUUGCCGUCGGUAAAUAUGGGUCUGGCGUCCGGCCGGCGUUUUGGAGGAACAUCCCUUGCCUCUUGGCGCCGUUCUGGGCGGCCUCUGUGAUCCUCAGGAGGCCCCGCGAGAUUCCAGUCAUCACCGCGGACAAGGUGGCAGCAGAGCAGAGUAAAGGUGUGCUGUCCCGGCCCGUUGACCUGCUUCUGUCCCUUCUGCUGGUGGGAGCGAUGGCCUUCUCUGUUUUCAGAGGCUUCGUGGUGCUGGACUGCCCCCUGGACGCCUGUUUCACCUACAUCUAUCAGUAUGAGCCAUACCUGAAGGACCCUGUGGGCUUCCCCAGAGUGAUGAUGCUUGUGUAUUUGUUCUACGCUCUUCCCCUGAUGGCCGUUUUAGUCUGUGGCCUGAAAACACCUGGAUGCAGCUGGAUGUUGGACUGGACCCUCGUCUUUGCUGGAGCCGUGGCCCAGACCCAGUGGUGCCACAUCGGAGCAUCUCUGCACUCCCGCACCCCCUUCACGUACCGGGUCCCGGCGGACAAAUGGUGGCCCGUCAUGGCCGCCAACGCGCUGCUGGCCGCCGCCGCGGCCCUGCUGGCCCUGCGCUGCCACGCCAGCCCUGCCUUUUUCAUGAGACCCGUUCCCAAGGGACAGGCCGACAGCGACAAGAAGAAGAACUAGACCGAGGAAUACUUGGAGGCUAACGCUCCCCGGGGGGGUGCUUUUGCACACAAACUGCAUCGAACACACACCUUUUUUUUUUCUUUUAAACUUCGGCGACCACAACGUUACUCCAGGAGGCGACGGUGUGGAGGCAGGAACGUCGCACAGCACUCCCUGCAUGGACUAUUGGACCCUGAUAACAGCCGCUGAUGGACUGAGGACUGUGACCCACUCACUCAGCCUUCAGGUGACUCACGCAGAUACAGAACCCGGUCGGUAUCUUCCCAAACUGUGACUGUGAACCUGAAUAUGGAGGUUGACAACAUGUCGCAGAGUCACAGUCAUGACGAAAUACAGCAUCUGUCUUUGCAGAGUCACAAAGAUUGUGCCCUGUAGUAACUGAACCUGUAAUAUGUAUAAUAUGUUUAACUGACCUUAAGCUUUAUCAAGUAUAAAAAAAUAUUUUGGCUCCUGUUAUUAUUGAGCAAUAAACACAUUCUUCUCUUA